AUGGCGCCUCCUCGAUGGACCACACCAGAAGAGCUUGAGUGGCUUCAAAACGAGCUACCUGAGUUUCUUAAGAUGCAGAAAGAGCAAAAAUUAACUUGUUUCUAUGAGCUCCUGUAUCCGAGGUGGUUUAGUCAAUUUCCAGAAUGCCUCAGAUAUUGGGGACCAACUGGGAAACCUCCGCGUGAAAAUGUUCAUCAGGAUGAUGACAGUGGUGACACUAACAGUGACGAGAUCAGCCCACUGCCACUUACACCAGAACAAGAAGCUGAGCUUGAAGGGGCAAAUGAAAUCCGAUGGAAAAAAUUGAGAGAAUGGUUCCGGAAUAACACAAAAAGCCAGCAUGCUCGUGGUGUUUGUGACCUGAAGGAAAUUGAGGUCUACUCAAAAUCACACUACAAAACGAAGAUUCAACCACUAGUAGAGGACAACGUCCAGGAGAAUCACCUCGAUUCCAAGAAGAGAAUCGCUGUUGUGCAGAAGUACACAAACAGUUGUUUUGCCGCUGAGCCAGAAGAUGUGAAGGCGGAGAUUUGUGAGGAGACCACACAGAUCAACACUGCCAGGAGAUUAGCAAGUGUUGUGUCUAAAACACAUACCAAAGAGGAAAUUUCCUGUGCCAUUCAAGAACUGCCCAUUGUCUUGGGACAGAUUUGUGAAGACCUGGCGGUGCUGACUGGUGGCUGGCAUUAUACCCUUGUCAUGGGGGGUCCUGACCCCAUGUGUGAAGGGGAUAUCAUGACUCUAAGUUUUCACCAUGGCAAAGGUCGAGACGGCCUCAGCUUCAAGGCUUCCAACCCUGACUUUCAUGAACAGUACCUAGCGCCAUUUGAAAAGCACUUGAGAAGUGUUUUUGGUCAAGUUUCCAAGUCAUCCAAGUCUUCAUCGAGUGCCAAUCUGUCUCCUCCAGCGACUUCUGACCUCGCACCACCAAACGCCCAGAACGACUCAGGCCCCGAAGUUCCUGGAAUGCACAUCUUCCCUCACGACUCUCUCAUGGACCCCAAUGUUCCAGUCUCUGAUGCUGAGAUUGAUGCAUUCAUCUCUUCCCUUCGUCCACUGACGGCUGAUGGCAUAAAUGGUCAAUGGUGGCCUAAUCAAAGCCAGGACAUGCAAAUGGCUGCUCCGCCACUCAUAAACCCUCCUUUGACUAUCACUGAAUCAUUUAAAGACUCACCCAUGCGGGCUGCUCCGCCAUUCACUCCGCCAUUCACAAGCCCUCCUCCGGCUAUUGCUGAAUCACUUAUCAAGCCACCCGUGCAGGGCCUGGACAGCUCGAUUGGUGUAUUCACCCCAGCUGCCACUGACUCAUAUUAUUUUCCACCUGUUUCCAGUGCACCUGCACGUCUUACAGACACCACUUCAAAGUUGAUUCCUACUGCACCGGACACUCUGCUUCCUGCAGCAAGUGUUCCACUAGUUUCUAGUGCUCUUGGCACUGCACCGGACACUCUGCUUCCUGCAGCAAGUGUUCCACUAGUUUCUAGUGCUCUUGGCACUGCACCGGACACUCUGCUUCCUGCAGCAAGUGUUCCACCAGUUUCUAGUGCUCCUGGAAGACGCUCAGCGCCCAUGACACAACCAUCAACAAGAGUGCAAGAUGCCAACAAGAUUGGUGAUAACACCAAAGCAGUCACUUCCAAACGCAAGUGCAAAGGCACGGCGGAAGCAACCACUGGGAAAAAGUCUAAAAAUUGA